AUGGUGGACCUGUUUGUGGACAGGAUCCUGGUAAAGAACAACAAGGACCGCGAUGAGCUGGACACAGAACGUGAGAUUGUUCUGCGCUUGCAGAACCGGAUCCUCAUGCUGUUCUUCGGCACGUGGGACUGCGAGCAAUGCCAGGAGUUUGCGCCAACGCUGAGCGACUUCUACAAGCAUCUGACGGACGAGUUCUACGUGGAGCGGGCCGCCCAGCUGGUGCUGAUCUUCGUAUCGCUGGACGACUCCGAGGACCAGCAUGACAAGUUCCUCAAAGAGCUGCCCAAGCGCUGCCUGUUCCUAAACUACGAGGACCCCUACAGGAAAGAACUUGGCGUGAUGUUCGAGGUGGAGGAGGUCCCCAGGGUGGUUGUCGUGCGUCCAGACUGUUCCGUGUUGCUGCCGAACGCCGUCACGGAGAUUACCGACCUCGGCCCCCAAUGCUACCAAAAUUGGCAGGAGGCCUCCGAGAUCAUCGACCGCAACUUCGAGCUGCACGAAGAGUUUGACGAGAACAAAAUGCGCAGCCUGACUGACCCGCUGCGCCGGAUAAAGUACAAAGUGGAGGACGAGAAGAAAAAGAAGAAGAAGAAGAAGAAGAAGAAGAGAGGUUUCCUUGGAGGAGGAGGAGAUGAGGAAGAAGAGGGUGAUGUUGGGGAUGAUGAAGAAGAUAACAAUGAGACAGAGAAGAGCCCUUGGUAGCAGUCUUAUUACAGAGGGCAAGCCCAAGGAUUUAACCCCUUGUCACCUCACAAGCACAUAUCUUUUCAAUCAAGCCAGCCAGAUAAGGGGAGUGAUUGGUCGCACUAACUGAACUGGAUUGCUUAAAGCAACACAAACGCACUUUUCCUCUGUCGCAUCCAUGCUAAUUGUUUAUCUAGCACCGGCUUUGCAAAUAACAUGUCCACAGACACGGCAGAGUGUGUUGCAUGAUUUAAUGAAAGUAUGAUGUAUUGCGACAUCAGAAGCAAGUCAAAUUUGUAGUUUCUAAUGUCUCAUUCCAUCUAACUACAGAUCCGAUCUGGCAAACUUACAUAGUGUGGUUAAAAGCCGAUAGAGGGCCGCGAAGCGAAUACAGAAGUGCCGUGCACCCUGUAACGAGUUGAUGAACCACUGAAACGAUUUUGGAAACAUUAUAUUAAGGUACAAAAAACUCUUUGGCGUUUGCUUUAAAUGUUGUAGUUGCCUAUGUUGCCACUA